UUCUUUGCUCAGGUCAUUAUCGGCUGCUUGGCUCAGAUAUUUGGACCUGUUCAACAGCUCUCGGUCAAUUCAAAGUUUUACUCGGCCAAACUGCCGCCGAGGCUGCAGACCCCUGCCCUGCCUCACGUUACGGUGCAGUGUCCUGUCUACAAAGAAGGCCUCGCCGGUGUCAUUGCUCCCAUAGUCAAGUCGAUCAAGCACGCCAUCUCCACGUACGAGCUCCAGGGUGGUGCGGCAAACAUGUUUAUCAAUGACGAUGGUCUUCAACUGAUCUCCGAGGAAGACCGCCAGGAACGAAUUGAGUUCUAUGCAGACCACAGCAUCGGUUGGGUUGUCCGCCCUAGACACGGCGAAAACGGCUUCCAACGCCGUGGC